AUGAACGAACUACCGAUUCAGCCCUCGGGCAUCUUCUGGCAAGACGACUUCGUAACAGCCGAGCAUGAGGAAAAGUUAAUACACAUCUUUCGCAACGAGCUUUCAUGGCCAGAUCGCUCCGGUCGACUUUCCCUACAUUACGGCUACACCUUCGACUACAAAACAUUCGGCGUGGACCCCAAUAUUCCCUUCAAUCCUUUUCCAGACUGGUUGGAGCCACUACUUCCCACACGCGAGGGCAGACCACCGGAUCAAGUUUGCCUGCAACACUACCCACCUAGCGCCGGUAUUCCACCUCAUGUCGACACGCAUUCCGCAUACGAUCAGUUGUAUGCGUUAUCACUGGGAUCUCCGGUCAUGAUGCAGUUCGCGCUACCUCCGGAUAAGGGCGAGGAAGGAAAAAUGGUGGAAGUAGACCUUACGCCGAGGAGCAUGUUGCAGAUGUCGGGAGACUCGAGACUGCACUGGAAGCACGGCAUCAGGAAGCGGAAGACGGAUACGUUGCCCGAUGGAACGGUGCGAAAGAGGGGAGAUCGGUGGAGUAUCACGUAUCGGUGGAUCAGGGAACCGGCCGUAUGCGGCUGUGGGAACGCGAAGCUCUGUGACACGGCGCAGAGGGAGUUAGGCAUCGAGAAGGAAUAUCGUUGGAAGAAAGGCGACGAGGAUGUCACAGCGGGCGAGGAAGAAAAGGUAGAGAACAAGGCUGCAUAA